UCAAACAUUUUAAUAUAUAACUAUCAUGAAGACGAUAGUUUUAUUACUUUUCUGUUGUAUUAGUUUUGCAUUAUGUUUGGAAGUAAACGAAACCUGCACUACACCGUGCAAUUCAACGGGCAUAUGUAUUCCAGUUCGACAGUGCGAUUAUGCUAUCAAAAUUCUCAGAAACCCACAAGCUACUUAUCAAGAAUCAGAAUAUUUGGCUCAGAGUAUUUGCGGCAAACUGCCAGGGCCCCGCGGUAUUCCAUUGACAUGCUGUCCUAGUUUGCUUAACCCAGACGGAUGUGGGUCGCUGGAUUUUGCAAAUCGUAUUAUCGGAGGAGAUGUUACUGAGCUCGGGGAGCAUCCGUGGGCUGCACUGCUUAUUUACGAUCUCGGAAAUAACAGGUUCUCUCCUAAAUGUGGUGGUUCGCUAAUAAAUUCAAAAUUUGUUCUAACUGCUGCACAUUGUAUUGUAGAUGUUCCGAAAAAAUGGAAGUUGCAUAGGGUGCGAUUUAGCGAAUGGAAUACAUUAGAAAAAGAGAAUUGUACUAUCAUAAAUGAUGAAGAAGUUUGUCGCCAAGAUUACGAAGCAGCGAAUAUUAUCGUUCAUCCUAAAUAUGACAUAAAAGUACCGAAUAAAUUGCAUGACAUUACAAUAAUCAUGCUAAAGCAAGAGGUUAUAUUCGGUAAAUAUGUUAGACCGAUUUGUUUACCGCUCGAUCUAUCGAUACGAGAAUUACCUAUAGACAGAGAGGACUUUACCGUUACUGGAUGGGGCCAAACAGAAACAGAAUUACGGAGUGCUGUGCAAUUACAUGUAGAUUUGGUUGGAAGAACCAACGACGUUUGUGAUACAUCGUUUGCAAAGGCCAAUAUCUCACUAGCCGAAACUCAUAUCUGCGUAGGAGGUGACAGGGGUAAAGAUUCAUGUAAAGGCGACUCUGGAGGACCAUUGCUCAGGCUGGUAGGUACCGUGUGGUAUCAAAUUGGUAUAGUAAGUUUUGGAGCCAGAUUCUGUGGCUCUGAAAAUUUUCCCGGAAUUUAUACUAACGUCGGAAAAUAUAUCCCUUGGAUACAAGAUGUUGUAAAUGAGAACCAUUGCGCAGCAGAAUCUGGUUAAUUUGAUAAGUACCGCAACAAAAAGUACAUUUCGAAAAUACUUACACAGUAAAAAAAAUCCAUACGUAACGGUUCUUUUGGCAAAAUCAAGUUUCAUACAGUUUUUUCGUUAAUUAGGGUCACUAAAAAUUGCAGUAAGCUUUUCUAAUAUUUCGCAAUUCUUCUUCAGUAAAAAUCUUCUGAACAUUGAUAAAUGGUACAAUCAUAAGAUACAAAACAAAACAUACAUUGAAGCUUGCAAAAGUUUUCAUGAAAUAUCAGAAAAGGGUUUCAUGAUCAGAUAGAGGGUGAGAUGUCUGUUAUUCAUAUUUUUGUCUGUUUAGUGUUAAAACAAUAUACUGCAAAACUGUAACUAAUAUGCAAAUUAAGAGCAAGUCGAGUGGUUUAAGUGGUACAAUGGGCUUGGGACGGAAGAAAAAAAUAAGACUUUUGGCGUUUUAGAAACAAAAAUACUAUGAACGUACGUAAUUCCGAUCAAUUUCUAUUUGGAUCACUCAAUCAAGCAGUCGAUUUUUUAAAUAUGUAUAUGUAGAAUCAAAAAACCAUAGGUAGACAAUUAAAGUGUUCAAAAUUAAAGCAUACUCAUUGUUUUUUUCAAUCUUCUCAAAAUAGGCAAUUUUGGAUCAGUAAUCGGAAUUCGGUGUGC